AUGGCACAGAAAGCUACCAAAACGCUUGCCGCCUCCAACACCAAGCGCCUUAACCAGACCCUCUACGUCACACUAGUUGUCCAUGGCUUCUGGUGGCUGUUCCGAGCCCUCAUCUUCCGUGCCUCUCUAUCCCGAAAGUCGCUGCUUCUCUACCUGCUCCUAUCGGCCCCGCAGCUCCUCAUCCAGCUUUACUUUGAGCGUCUCUCUCGCCCCACCCUCACUGCCGAUGGCGCUGUGAAGCGACCCGGCGAGGACCUCGAUGCCAAGGGCCUGACCGAGUACAUGUGGGAUGUGGUUUACUGGACUUAUGGCUGCAUCGUUCUGGCUGCCAUUGUGGGCGACUAUGCUUGGUGGUUGUGGACCAUCAUCCCCGCCUACAGUGCCUAUGCUGCCUGGGGCACUUACUCUGGCAUGAGAGGCGGCUUCCAGGAUGCCGCAGGUGUGCCCCAACCGCAGGCAAGCAAGAGACAGGCCAAGAUGGAGAAGCGGGGUGGCCAGAAGGUCCAGUACCGGUGA